AUGCAGUACUACUGCGAGAAUUCCACGCGAGUCCGCGCUGACGGGAACCCGGCCACCAGCACCCUGAUGUUCGCCAUGGGAGUCCUGGGAAACCUGCUGGCCCUGGGCAUCUUAGGGGUCCACCGACGAGAGAGAAGAGCCCGGGCGUCCCCGUUCUGCGUCCUGGUCACCGGACUUGCCGUCACCGACCUCCUGGGCACCUGCAUCCUGAGCCCGGUGGUCUUCGUGUCCUACGCCCAGCAAGUGUCGCUCCUGGAGCUGGGAUCGUGGCCGCUGUGCCAGUUCUUCGCCUUCGCUAUGACCUUCUUCAACCUGGCCUCCAUGAUGAUCCUCUUCUUCAUGGCCUUUGAGAGAUGUCUGGCCAUCAGCCACCCGUACAUCUACACUCAGCACAGCUGGGGGCGCCGCCUGGCCAGGACGGCGCUGCCAACUUCCUACGUUGUAACGGCGGUGCUCUGCGCCCUGCCGCUGGUCGGUGUGGGUCAGCACAAGCAGUACUGUCCAGGAACUUGGUGCUUCAUCAGGAUGGCGGUGGGAUCCACUGCUGGGAACGGGGGAGCGCUGGCCUUCUCGCUGCUUUACGCCACGCUGACCGGACUGCUGAUCUUAGCCAUCUUGGUGUGUAAUGCCUCCGUGACCGCCAGCUUGUGCCGCAUGAGGAAAGGUCAGAGGGCGCGGAGAGGGUCGCUGCGCAGGGCUGGAGCUCGAGGCUGGUUCCUCGGGGCCGGAGAAGAGGAGCUGGAGCAUCUCAUCCUGUUGGUGCUGAUGACCAUCAUCUUCAUGGUGUGCUCUGUGCCUAUGACGGUAAGUGCCAGCGGGGGGGCAGGUUGUAGGCUGUAG